GCAAAAUACAAUCGCUUUGCGUCGAGGAUAAAGGAAACUCAACAAAUGGAUAUAGGUGAAAUGGCGCAGCUCGCUGAUCAUAAUCAAAAGAUGAAUAAUGAGCAGUUAUUUGCUGAUACUGAAACUCACUUGAGGGCGUUGAGACAGCAUUCGGUGACACUACCGAAAAAUUUUGAUUCACGUGAACGAUGGCCAUUGUGCUGGUCUGUACAUCAAGUGGCAAAUCAAGGUGGAUGUGGCUCUUGUUGGGCAAUGUCAGCUACCUCAGUUAUGUCAGAUCGUAUAUGCGUUGCUUCAAACUACACACUGCAAUCGCAAGUCUCAGCGCAAGAUUUAACUUCUUGUUGUACUGAAUGCGGAGGAUGUCAAGGCUCUCAUUGGGCUCUGUCAGCGUUUACGCAUUGGAAGGAGCAUGGCAUCGUUACUGGUGGCAAUUAUGGUAGUUCCGAAGGAUGCAAGCCGUAUGUCGUGCCAGCGGACUGUGGUAUUCCAUGUUCUGUGGAAUUUUAUCAGAAAGAGAAUACACCGCACUGUGAGAAAAAAUGUCAAGAUCUGUAUGCAAAACAGUACGAUGAUGACCUAACCAAGGGCGCAUCAGCAUACUGGAUUCGUGCGGACAAAGGAAGUAGUGAAACAACACCAAUUAUACAGUCAACUAUCCGGAAGAUUAUUCCUGAAAGUGACGCAGUUGAAAUGCUAAAACGUGAAAUAUAUUUGUAUGGUCCGGUGCUUGCUUGUUUCACUGUUUACGAUGAUUUUCAACACUACAGUUCGGGUAUUUAUCAACCGUUCACGUUUCCUGGAGCGCAAGAACUGUACGGACAUUGUGCGAAGCUGAUUGGCUGGGGCGAAGAGAGCGAUGAAAAAUACUGGCUUUAUAUGAACACAUGGGGUCGUGACUGGGGAGAGUAUGGUUCGAUUGUCUCCUCACUUUGUUUCUUCCGUAUAACGUUAUCGGAAGCACCUGAAGAGGCAGUUGCCGGAAUUGCGAAAGUAAUGAAAUGA